GCGCGUGCGAUGCGAUCAGAUCCGCGGGCGAGUUGUACACAAACAUGGCCGCAAAGAGCGUUCAAAAUUGCCAGAUACCUCUACUGUUUCCAAUGGCAGUGGUUGUUUGAGAAACAAAAAUGGGAAGUUUACUUUUUGAAAGCAGCGCAGGAUGAAAAUCACCUUCUGCUGAAACUGUUAUCAAUGUCCGUGAGCUCCACGCCACUGGGACUGUAUAAAAGAACCCACCUUAGCAUUGAUAAGCAGUUUGUGAGCGCUCAAGUGAGAGAAAGACUAUUAGACCGACGAGAAGAAAUAAAGAACGUCAUCAAAGAUACACCUUUCCUGCAGUCAUGUUGAAUAAAAUAGGGUCAAAUUCGCUUCAAGUGGUAGUAUUGCUUUUUGCGUUGGUUAUCUUGCCAAGGUCUACUUCGGGAAAUCCUGUUUGUGAUUGCGCGGAAAAAAGUAGCAAAAAGAAGGUCGUGGAUUACAAUGUUCAAAUCAGCGAGUCAGGAGAGAAGUACACUGAAAGAAUUGAGGUGGAUCAAGACAAGAACACGGAAUUGUUCCAAGUUCCCGCUCAUCCUGGUGUUGAUCGUGCCGAUAUCCUGCAUGAUUUUAACCAAAAUUUGACGAUGCUGCGAUCCCCAGAACAGAAUACCUGCUACCUGUUCCCUCUCGCAACGGAGCAGACGACUCCUGAAAAGUUGUUGAGGGAUCUUGAUAAAGCCAGUGGGGUGGUUGUGACAGAGAGCAAGCGGGUUGAUAGCACUUGGAUUCUUGACGGCCAGCUAACCGACCGGUCCACACUCAGCGAGGAGUUAGCGCAUUUUUGUGCGAAAUACUCCAUAUACCAUGUAAAAAAGACCCAAGAUUCCCUUAGUGCAACAAGAGUCCAAGCAGAAGGAAGCCAUACGAUCCGAAAGAGGCGGACUAAACACAUAAACAAACUGUGUCCCGGAGGUAUGGAUUUAGAUACUGCCUUCGGUACCUGUUCUGGCAAGCCUAAAUUUAGGUGCAGAGUUCAAACAAGAACAUGUUACAAGUAUGUGAUCUGCAGUAACGUUGGAGAGGAUGGUGAAGACGGUUAUAUAGACGUACGCCGAUACCGUAGGAUGCAGUAUCUGUCUUCCCAAAGGCAACAUUGCCGUGAAGAGCACAUCUGGAGAUCAAUCGAACUUCUGCAUAUUCUGUUCCGAUGAUGGCGAGUUUGUUUUCAUCCCUGGUUGUAUUUGUUGUCCUAAGUGUUUCAUCAGCCAGCCCUGCUAGUGAUUAGCGACAGAAGAAGGAAUAAGUCGUGGAUUUUAACAUGGAUAUCAUCGAGGGUGGAGUUGGCUACGAACUGAGAAGAUCGAAGUGGAUCUUGAAAAACAGACAGAAUUAUUUCAAGUUCCUUCUCAUCCUGGUGUCGAUCGCAGCGAUGUGUUACACGAUUUCAAAAGCAAUUUGACCAUGUCACACUUCCCGGAAAGCAAGAUCUGUUACCUGUUUCCUCUCGUAAAACCUCAAUCGAGGCCAGAGAAGCUGAU